AUGCCGGAGGGGAAUCUAUUUGUACCAAUACAGGCUGUUCUGACCAUAGGUAUGAUCACCAGCCUCACAUGUUUGAUCGUGAGGUUGCUAGUGAGGCGGCGGUUGGGCAAUAGACUUUAUCCGGAAGAUGUUUGUCUCAUCCUCUCAUGGAUAGUUUGCAUCAGCACCCAAGUCUCGAUUCUUUACGCCUCACAUCAUGCUGGACUGGGAACACAUGUUCAAGAACUGAGUACCGAAAAAGUAAAUUUAUAUGAAAAGCUAUUUCUAGCAGCCGCAUGUCUCUUUAUCAUGGGUCUGUAUCUUGCCAGGACCGCUCAUCUGAUCUUUCUCAACCGUAUUCUCAACGGGAAACGAUACAUGCGCUAUGCAUGGUAUGUCACUACUGCAUUUAUCACUGCAGGCUCUGCCGUGGUCAUAUUGCUUUUCAUCUUUGCUUGCCGGCCGGUCGUCAGCUCCUGGGACGUGUCAGUGCCGGGCGAAUGUAUCAGUCGGCCCGCCAUUUUCAUUGCCGUGGCCGUGCUUAACAUAUGCUCCGACAUUCUCUUGGUACUGCUACCACUCCCAUUGAUAUAUACGAUCCCAGUGCCCGGAUCGGAGAAAGUGAAAUUUAUCAUUCUCUCCGUGAUGGUGUGCAUGACAUUCAUUGCCAGCGCUAUUCGGCUCCACAUUACGAUUCCGUUAUUGGACUCAGAUGAUCUGACAUACGACAUAGCGCCACUUGCGCUUCUCGUUGGCAUAGAAGCCAAUCUCAUCAUUAUUGCGGCCUGCCUUCCCGCAGUACGGCAGUGCUUCCGACUAGCCGUCGCAGCUCGUACAGUAUCGACAGGUGGAUGGUUGGAGCCCCGGAUUGACUGUGCCAACGCUGAAAGCUUCUACCAAAUUAAUGUGAUAAUAUGCGUCGUGUGGCACGUCAAACUAGUUCUCUCGAAGGACAGGACCCCGACUACACUCAAAUCGUUCUUCAUGGUCAUCUGA